CUCAAUAUACAUGUGGAGAUUUUGCCAGAAGAAGUGAAAAACACAAAACCCACCGCUACGGCCACAUUUAGAAGCAUAUGAAUCUCCCGCGUCUGCUCGAUUGAGCCCUAGAAAAACAUCGAUCACGACUGAUUCUCUCCUUUUCUAUGGAUUCCCCCGGCGACUGUCCGGGAGGUUCAAUCCGAUAACCGUCGUUUUCUUUCAAAUGGAAGCUAAUCCCAUACAGAAACCCUUGAAGAGGGCAUUAAGAAGCUGCAGAAGACAACACAAAUCCGAACAUGUGACCAAAAAGAAAAAAUCGUUGGACGGUUUUGCCCUUCUUCCCGAUGACGUCCUUCUAGAGAUUUUCCAAAAACUUCCACCCGAUUUACUCCGAUACAAGGUUAAAUUCGUCUGUAGAAGAUGGUUCACCAUAAUCACCAACAACAUCUUGUUAGACCAUGCUUCCCUAAUCCUACAAAGGUCAACGGGAAGCAACACAAUUCGUCUGAUGGAUAUAAGGGAAGAAGAACAAGGCCUAAAAAUGAAACAAGAAUUUAUUAACAUGCCAUGUUAUGGUUGUAUAAAAUCUUGGUGUAAUGAGUACCUUCUAAUAACCGACUCAAUUAGAAUCGGAAUUCUUUACCUUUUCAACCUAAUCACCAAACAAGGAUCAUUUAUUUCACCACUACCUUCCGUAUCAUGUGGAGGACAUUACAAUGGCAAAUGUGGACUCGGCAUUUCGUACGAUCCAUUCAAAAAAUUAUACAAAGUCGUCCAUGUGUACAAUGGCCCACCAAUCCAAUGCGAGAUUCUCGUGUUAGAAAGUAAUAUCCCAAGUAACGAAUGGAUAAUUUGGAAAAAAGUCAAUGGGACUUCGCAUACGGGUGAACGACAGUAUUAUUGGGAAAACCCGGUUUCGGUUCAAGGGAGGUAUUUUCAUUGGGAUGUUCAUAGCGAUAAAUACUUGGUUUCUAUGGAUACAGUUAAAGAGAGAUUUCGUCAAACUUUCUUACCUGGAUCGGGAUCGGAUGUUUAUCGUAUGGAUAAUCGGUAUUCUUUGGUUGAAAUGGGUGGUUUGCUUUCUCUUCUUCAUAAAGUCUCGUUUGACCGAGUCAACGUAUGGAUACUUAAAAAUUUUCAAAGGACCAAAUGGGAGAAGUUUCAUUCGAUAUGUAUAUUGGGUUAUGUGUGCUUGAGGGUUUUCCCUGGGAGUGUUGUUUCUUUUCCUGUGACUAGUGUGAAAAUCAACAACAUCAAGUUUUUGGAAAACAUAAAUUUUGUUGCGGUGGAAAUCGAUGUCUCUGCUGUGAAGGCUGGAGUUGUUGUGAAGAGGGCUUUUGAGGAUCGAGGUCCAUUGUGCCAUAUGAUCUGUUUACUUUGAUUUAAUGUAUUUACCUUAUAUUUCAUCAACUAAUGGG